ACUGAUUAUACUGCCAGAGCAAUGAUUUUGAGUCACUUUCACCAGCAACAAAGCAGCACAAGCAGCGGCAGCGGCAGUACUGACGUAAACCUCCCAACACAGCACAAGCAUAGGGAUAAAGCAGUCUUAUUGAGACGUUAAUAAUAUAUUUUUUUUAAAAAAACAACACAGGGAUGAGAAAUGACUGCUUCGGAAGAGUGAGGAUAUCGGCGAGCUGCAUCCCUCUGGUUCAAGUGGUGUAAUCUGAGGGGAUCAAGAAGAGUUACACUCUGAAAUGCAAUACAUUCUGAAAUAAUUGGUUUGCUGUGAACGUGUAAAAAGAAAAUUUAAGAAUGACUCAUUUACAAGCGGGCUUGUCCCCCGAAACCCUGGAGAAAUCUAAGGUGGAGCUGAAAGAGAACCCAGACAAUUUGCACCAGGACAUUCAGGAAGUAAGGGACAUGAUCAUCACCCGUCCAGACAUUGGCUUUCUCAGGACAGACGAUGCCUUCAUCCUGCGAUUCCUCAGAGCGAGGAAAUUUAACCAUUUCGAGGCGUUCAGGUUACUCGCUCAGUAUUUCGAAUACCGCCAGCAGAAUCUGGAUAUGUUCAAAAACUUCAAAGCAACAGACCCGGGCAUUAAACAGGCUCUGAAAGAUGGCUUUCCAGGAGUGCUAUCCAAUCUGGACCACUAUGGCAGGAAAAUCUUGGUUCUCUUUGCUGCAAACUGGGACCAGAGCAGGUAUACAUUUGUAGAUAUUUUGCGGGCCAUCCUUUUAUCCCUGGAAGCCAUGAUUGAAGAUCCAGAGCUGCAGGUAAACGGAUUUGUGUUGAUCAUAGACUGGAGCAACUUCACCUUCAAGCAAGCCUCAAAACUAACACCAAGCAUGCUGCGCCUAGCCAUAGAAGGCCUUCAGGAUAGCUUUCCUGCUCGAUUCGGGGGAAUUCAUUUUGUUAAUCAGCCCUGGUACAUCCACGCUCUCUACACCGUCAUACGGCCAUUUCUAAAGGAAAAGACAAGGAAAAGGAUAUUUAUGCAUGGCAACAAUCUGAACAGCUUGCACCAGCUUAUUCACCCUGAGAUCCUGCCUUCUGAAUUUGGAGGGAUGCUUCCACCAUAUGACAUGGGCACCUGGGCGCGAACACUUCUAGACCACGAGUAUGAUGACGAUAGUGAACACAACCCAGAAUCUUACAAUCUGGCAGUGGAAGAGCUGGAGCAAGAUUUAUCUCCUAAAACCAUGAAGAGAUCACAGUCAGUGGUGGAACCUGGAGUCUUAAAGCGUCCGGAUAAGGAAAAACGUGAAGAGGAAAACAUGCAGCCCUUACUUUCACUUGACUAAUCACUUGCAUAUUGAACAGUCCAGCAACGAUUGUCCCACAAAUGGGUGGUAACAUGGAAGUUAAUGGAAGUUAAUGAGGAAAGAUAAGGAACAAACUUUGACAGCAGUUUUUGGUAUGAAUGCUGCAAAAAUAAAUUAGACAGUGAUUAUUCUAAACAUCUGGGUGGUGCAAAUGAAUGAAGGAAUCAACAUUUUAUUGUUAAGUGCCAAUAUAUAAUUGUAAAUACACUUGAGUGCAACACUUUGGGUUUCUGAAUCAUUGUAACACUGUCCAGACUGCAUUUGGAAAUGUCUACUAGUGGUGAAAUAUUGUGACAAACUGUCAUUGUGCCGUUUCCAGCUCUUUAAUGACGGGUGCAACUCAGGAUUUAAAUCAUAAGAAGGCUUGUACAAGUUUCAAGUUGCACUUACAGUGGUGGCAUUGUCAAAACCAUGUGGUUCUUUUACCAUUAUCACAUUUAGGGCUUCAGUGAAAUAUCUGCUGGUAGAAUAUUGCAAAACCUGAUAUUGAUGACUGCAGUACAGCUCUGCCCAAAAGUUUUGCAUUAGAAUUUUAGGAUUGAGACAUAAUUAUUCAAUAAAAUUAUUCAUAGUCAAUACAUUAUUCAGUUAAUAUCACACUUGCAACACUAUUGCAACACCAUAGGACUGUGGAAAUAGUUUUCAGCGUAAUUACCUUUUAAUUUUUUUUUUUUGUAAGCAGUUAUUAAAUUAAACCAAACAAACCUAUUAAUUAAUGUUUUAAUUUCACAACAAGAAAAGCAGACUUUUUCGCAACUUUACAAUUGAGUACCAAUCAAUGGCAAUUCAUUUCCGGCUUUCUGUGAUUUAAAAGCUGCUUGAAAGCAAAUUCCCCUUUCACACCAGGUGCUGACAUUCUAACAUCCAUACUGCUGUACCGAGACCCUAGACUGGCAAUAAAAAUAUGACACUAAACUGAAAAUGCAUACACGUGACCUUUCCUUAAUCCGAAUUUAGAAGUAAGCUACUGCUGUGCAUACGGGGGAUAUGUAUUUGUUAAUUGAAAUUAAAUCUGUAGAGGUGUAUCAAUGGGCCGUGAUAUUUUCUUGCCCAGUAUUUUGCCCAAUCCAACAAUUCGUUACAGAGAUGACGCAUUUCAAAGGAAACAAUCAAAGUGACAUCACAAUUAUUUUAUAUCAACAGGAGAAAAGUAAGACAAAUAAAUAAUUGCAGAUAAAAUUUGAGCGCUUUUAGACAGUUUGAUCAUGAAAGGUUAUAUAUUAAAUCUCUGUCACUUUGUUAUUGCUUAGUAUUCCAUAAUGAUGUAAACAAGAGUAAACCAAGGGAAUGCUUUUGUUUCGUUGAGUUAAUAAAACAUUUUUUUCCCAUUUAAUUAUUACCAA